CUGCUCGUACCUUGAUAUUCGAAAUCAAAUCAUAAUCGACUCGCAGCUCGGGCAGACGCAGACCAGUUUAGAACUCCGCGACGCAUACGUAAAGAGGAUCGAAAUCGGUAUCGAUGCUAAUUUCAACCAUAUAAAUCGGCCGCGACUUCUUGGAGGCAGCGCACUAGCUAAAGAUAUUCCGCCGGGACAACUGCCUGCAGCAAGAAGCCAAUACCCCAAACCAAAAACCAAACCCAAACCCAACCUCCAAUCCAAACUGAAUCGAACUACCUGUGACUGCACGACUGGGAUUUCAUAAUCCCAGCCAAAAGAAUACCAUCAGCCACCAGACAGUGGAGCGCGAGUGAAAGUGCGCGUGUAUUUGUGCAUCAAUUGCCUCCGGCAUCAUCAUCCCAACUACCCAAAGUAGUCCCAAAUCUCCCCAAAAUCAUCUACAAUGAGCGGAUACACAGACCUCACCAAGCUGGAGACCAGUCGGAACAGCCGGCGCCGCAUCGCCUGUCAUGAUGAGCAGCAGUUCUCCAAAGACAGCAUCGUCAACGUGAUGGAGAAGUUUGUGAAGACUGUCAACAUAAUGGAUGAUACCAUAUUGGUGCCAUGCAGGCUCAUGGAUCGACAGAUUGGCGAUAGCACCGACAUCAUACCUGCCACGGGCAAGGACUCCACCGCCAACCAACUGACGCUGAGCUCCAGUGCCCAGGGCAAGCGGGGAGCGGUCCACUCCAAGAACGUACACGAAUUCCUCAGCGCCUCCGAACUGUUCAACCUCUACAACAUGCUCAACUCCCUCAAAAAGGAUCUGUUGUGGACAGCCAACCAGGAGGAUGAGGACCACCCGCAGCUGCAGUCACAGAUUAGCACCAUCCCCACUCCCAAUCCCAAUCCCAAUCCCAGCGAGAGCAAGACUGACUCCAGCAGCACCACAGCUACAACGACGACGGGGGCCCAUGUCAAGGGUCAUGUGCGCCGCACCUCCACCGCCUCGAUGAUGUCCACCAACUCGGUGAGCAACAUGAGCGACUCGGACUCUGACAUCUCGCAGGAGAACGAUUCCGGCUUGGAAUCCGAUGGCAACAAGAGCGACAACGCCCAGAGCAGUGACGGUAGCGACAUCGUGGACGUGGCCGGACCCAAGUCGAAGCAGGCCAGCGGCGAUAAGGCCACGGAGCUGGCCCAGCGUUGCCGGAGGCAUCUGAACGGUCUGUACGAGUGCCUGGAACAAAUGACAGAGGCGGCCAACUAUCUGACCGCCAGAUACCAAAGUGAUAUUGGGCCCGUCUAGGAAGCUCAACUGAAUGCCUUCUUCUCUCCCUUGAAAACCACUUCCCUUUCAAAAUCCUUCGUAGUCCUGUGGGAAAUCUUCGGGUCGGGCGGGUCUUACUCUCUCAUUAGUAUCAAGUGCAACCAAGUGUGAGGUGGUCUUUCUUUAAUCAUAACUGUAAACGUAAUUCAAGUGGGGGGGAUGUACUAAGUAUAAGGACAUAUGAGGAUCGUAUGUGUGCAUGAAAGGAUUGUAUAAAUGAAUAACUAUGAUGAGGAUAGCUAUUAGCUAAGUAAGUGGGUAGAGAGAGCAGCUCCUAAGCAAAAAAACAGUCACCGAAAGUUACAUAUUUUUGUGCAAAAAUUGAAACCUCUUCAUUUAUAUUUCUCUUGUGUAUGGUUUGAAAUAUAUGUAUUAGAGAAUAUAUCCGCUGGAGGACCUCUCCUAACUUUUGCAAAUUUUAUUUCGUAUAAUAUAUAUGUAUUGGAUAAUAGCUAUGGGUACUGCAAAAAAACAACAAAAAUCUUUAAAAAAAAAUAUAUAUAAAAUAAUAAUAUGCAAAAAAUGUUCAAGUACAAGAAAUCUAAUUUCUAACUAAAUUACGAUUACGAACAAACACACACACUUCUACACACUAGCCUGUACGCAAGUCUACUAUGUAUUCCACACAAUUGUUAUUGUAAUUGUUUAAGCCAACUAUUUGUGCCGUUAUGUUUCGUUUGGUUUUUGCUGUCCGGGCCUGGUUAUCGCUGGAUCCGGCAGCCAAGAUCCAAACUGUAAAUUACUAACGUUAAUAACGCUUGUGAGCGAGAGCUAAAAAGAGAUAAAAUUAUUUAUACACAAUAAAUAAAUUUUACUUAGAAAAUA